AUGGAUUUUGACAUUAUUGUAGAGGAGUUCUUGUGGCAAGCCCAUGUGAACGGCUGUUUUGCCUACGCGGACUGCUGUGGCGGCCCCGACGUUAUCCUUAGAGAGAUGCAAGGCCAUUCUCUCUCGGCCAUGCCAAUACUUUGCAUUCGAUGGAACACGACAAGCCCUGCCCAUCGACAGGUGCUUGGAUACUAUCGUUACAGUGAUGACCAAAUCAGAGCUGUCCUAGAUAAAUUCCUGUGUCUGACGAUGCCGUGUCCGGUGGAGUUGCUUUUCCUCAUAGUCCAAAUCACGCGAUUGUGCGUCAAGGUCGCCGCGAAGCCCAGGUCCCCAAUUGGAGCCACGGCCAGAACAAAAACCAUGUUUAGUAAGGCGGACGACUUUGCUUUGGAUAUCUGGGUCGAGGAGUCUUCGCUCUCCAACAAGAAUUACGCGAGGUACUAA